AACAUCGCAAGGAGGGGAGAAAGAUUUUCGAUCGAGUCGACUUUCUCUCCGAUACAAUUGAUUCUCGGCGGUCUUUUCUGUUCCUGGCAUGGUCGGCUGUAGCUGGUCUAGACCAUAACCAUCAUGCAGAUAUUCGUCAAAACUUUAACUGGGAAGACAAUCACGUUGGAGGUGGAAGCCUCCGACACGAUUGAAAAUGUGAAGGCAAAAAUCCAAGAUAAAGAAGGGAUUCCCCCUGAUCAGCAGCGUUUGAUUUUUGCUGGCAAGCAACUUGAGGAUGGAAGAACUCUUUCCGAUUACAAUAUCCAGAAGGAGUCUACGCUUCACUUGGUACUCCGCCUUCGUGGUGGUGCCAAGAAACGCAAGAAGAAGAAUUACUCCACCCCCAAGAAGAUCAAACACAAGAAGAAGAAGGUCAAGCUUGCCGUCCUCAAGUUUUACAAGGUCGACGAGAAUGGCAAGAUUCAUCGUCUGAGACGAGAAUGCCCUUCCGAACAAUGCGGUGCCGGAGUUUUUAUGGCAGCCAUGGAAGACCGUCAUUACUGCGGAAAGUGUGGCUACACUCUCGUCUUCAACAAGCCUGAAGAUAAAUAAUAUGUUUAUCACGUACACAUAACGACAAAAUAAAAAAAAUUUUAAAACAU